UCACAAUGUCCGGUGCUGAGCCUUCAUCCCAAGUCCUGCAAGCAUUUGGCGUCUCGGGACCCGUGGCGCCAUUGAGCGGAGGCAGAAACCUGUGCUUUACGGCAGACAACGUCGUCUUCAAGCCGUGCGACCACGACGCUGAGUCGCAGUGGCUCGGCCAACUUCUGACGAGGCUCUCAGAGUCUCAGCCUACGGGCACCAGAUACCGCGUCGCCAGACCCAAGCCGCUCGCCAACGACGCAACUCAAUUCGUGUACGAGGGCUGGACGGCUUCCGCGUUCCUCCCGGGGCGCGACGGGCCAGACGGUCGCUUCUCCGAGAUUCUCCAGAUCAGCCAAUCCUUCCACCUUGACGUCGCGGCCCUCGUUCCCGAAAAGCCGUCCUUCAUCGGUACGCGCCGUGACCGCUAUGAGUUCGCCGAUCUCGUAACCUGGGGCGAGCGAACACUCGACGACGUGCCUGGGGUGAAUAAGGAGUUGUUGGCCUACUUCGAUGCGCCGCUGCGGGAACUGCGGCAGAUGAUGAAGCCGCUCCCGUCCGACCUGCCUUCGCAGCUCAUCCACGGGGACCUCACGGGAAACGUACUCUUCGACGACGAGGGGGGUGCUCCGCCCGGCAUCAUCGAUGUGGUAUGCUAUUGGCACCCUGCAGCGUACGCGAAGGCCAUCGUGGUGGCCGAUGGCUUGGCCUGGCAUGCCCAGGGCCGGCGUCUCGUGGAGCUAUACGGUCUGGACGAGCUUCAUCUUCAACUCCUCGCUCGAGCGCUUCACUGGCGCUGCAUCACGUUUGCAAUCGACUCCGACAUGGACUGGAUCCGGAGCCACAUCGCCAAAUCAGACUAUCCAGGGGCAGUCUGCGUGCUGCGCGACGUCAUGGCCGACAUAUGAUGCCACCGAGAAGCACUGGCUGCCUGCCUGGAGGCCCUUGUGAGUGAAGCAGAGAAGCAAUACUGUACGUUUCAAAAGGCGACAUUGUAAGCUAUGGCAACUUUGCGCACACGUGGCGGUGCCCGGCG